AAUGCGGUUCGACAACAAUCGUUGUAGUUCAUUAAAUAAAUUGGUUUCGCGGUUUUAGUGAAUAUAUAAAACUGAAAUAGAUGAGAAAAUUAGAUACACAAGAGGCCUGGGGUGCCGAAAGGUUAGAAGCGCAAUUAGAAGCCGCUCGAGAUGGUCUUCGAGGACUCGAUCGAAGUAUCCGAAAGAUCUUGGGCCGGGAUCUCCCUGAUGGAGAAAACGGCCCGCUACAACCACCACCCAGAUUAUCACAAAAGAGACCGUUGCAAGAGGAUAGAAGACGUGUUGUAUCAGAUUUUGUCAACAAUGAAUUACCUGGUGGAAAAAGAAGAUGGCAAGGUUCAAAUGGGGAGCCAAAAACAGUUUUCAGUCGGUUAAGUGCACGUGUACCUUCUAAUAAUGACGAUAGUGCUGAUGAAGAUGAUAAUGUGAUUAAGCCAGCAGUGUCUUCAAGAGUGAUAGCAACUCCAAGAGAAAUUCCAUCUAGACAGGAAGUUAUCAGACGUGAAAGAAUAGAUGAACGUAGCAGGCAAAGAAAUAAACGAAUGUUUGGAGCUCUUUUAGGUACAUUACAAAAAUUUCGACAAGAGGAAACUAAAUUGAAAGCAAAGGAAGAUAAAAAGGCAGAAGUAGAGGCAAGAGUAGAAGAGGCCAGAAGGAGAGAAAAAGAAGAAUUACGACGAGAAAGACAACAGUUAUUCUUGUCGCGUAAACGACAGUUAGCUGAAGUUCGAGCGUUAGAAGCAAAAUUGGCACGUAGCCGGCAAUUUCAAGAUUGGCGCGCUGCGCAAUUACCACUUGCUUCGUUCAUAAAAACGCGUGCUCAACCACCUAUUUACUACGUACCAAAGCGUAAACAUCCACAAACUGAUAUUUUGUUAACUCAGUCUGCAAAGGAACUUCAUGAGGAAAUUGAAAGAAGGGAGAAAGCACUGAUCGAAGAGCUUGAACUUAUAGAAGUACAAGUAGGCCUUGCAAAACAUCAACAAAAUUUUGAUGGAUCCGUCGCGUUAAAUACGACAACGGAUGUUCCGCAGUCGACAGAAGAAGGAGAAGAAAAUCGUGAUCCGAAUCCAGAGAAGAAUUUAGAAUCAGAGACUAACGAAGCAGUUGAUGUUUCUGUGAAAUCCGAUAAGGACGAAAAUUUCGAAAACACUAAUGACAUUGAAAAGCAGGAAGAAGUAAAAGUAGACGAAGUAAAGGAUGAAAAUAAUGGCUAGUAUUAAAUGUACUUACAAUGCUUGUACAUAUUACGUACAUUGAAUGG